AUGCACAUCAGCUCAGAUGAUGAAGACAACACUUAUCAGGUAUACCUGCCCCAAGAAGGUGCUGUUGAGGAGGAAAAUGGUGAUGAAAAUAAUGAACAUUCUGAUGAGGAGCGAGAUCUUGAUGAGGGUGCGGACAUUGUCAAUGACCCUACAUUUAAUGCAGGCAAUGGUUUUGAUGACAACAAGGAUUGCCUACAACAAGAUGACAAAGAAGACCUAUUGUUUGAUGAAGCACCUGCUUUUAGCGAGCACUCCACUAUCAGGAAUGCAUAUGUGCAUGCAUACAUUGCAUCUGCAUUCAAAGGUGCCUCACAUGAUGUUUCAUGCAUCAUUCUUGAUGGGGUUGUGCAUGCAUUGUGGUAUGCUCGUGAUCACACACGGGAUAUUGAGUAUGAAGCUGAGAGGUGUCUGGGGGUCAAUCUCGACUCUAUUAUUACUUACCUCUUCAUAUGUCCAACAUGCUGGCAGGUCCAUGAUCCACUCAUGCUGUAUGACAAAGAUCUUUGGGAACAGUGCUGUGAAGAAGAUUGUGAAGGUAUUCUCUACACAACAAAGGUUCUGCCAUAUGUCACACCUCAUGGAGAUGAGCCACACCAAGUACCAGCUACCGAUGUGGGGGGUGACAAUGCUUUUGCAGAUCCUUCUAAUCCAAUGCAUGAUAUGCAUGAUGCCUGGGGCAAUCACUCCAUGGGGACACUCUACAUGACCUGCUGCAAUAAUCCUCAUGGCGUUCGCUACCUUACUGAAGAGACAUUUCUAAUCAUGGUCCUCCCUGGACCAAAUGAACCAAACCUAGAGCAGCUCAACAAGAUUAUGGUGAAGUUUGUGUCUGAUAUGAUUGAACUUUAUGGUGGACAAGAGUUUCAAAUAUAUGGACAUGAGGAUAAGCGCCCUGUUCAUUCAGUUCUCAACAGCGAGGUCUCCAAUCUUCCAGCAAGUUGCAAAAUUGAAGGACUUGCCUCUUUCUCAUCAAAGUUAUUUAUGUGUCCACAAUGCAACACACCUUCAUAUUAUCUUGCAGAUCCAUGUGGUUUCAAUCCAACAGACUUCAGACUACGUGAUGCUUGGCACAACGUCAAAUAUGCCUUUCGUUCACAUUAUCUUGAUGACGAUGAUCAAAAGGAGAUCUUUGAGCAUUGUGGAGUGCACUGGUUAGUGUUUAACCUCAUCCCAGGUUGGUUGACAGCCAUCAACUCAGUUGUGGAGUUCAUGCACUGUGUGUAUCUCUGUAUGGUUAGGCAUGUGACAAAGGUCAUAAUCCUUCAGUCCGGGAUGCUCAAUCCCGUCACUUCUUCCUUGUCAAAGGCAGACCAAUGGCAACUCCAUAUUAGUGUGUUGUUUGUCGGGCUUUUCAUUGCAUGGGAAAUUGACAGCAUUAUCCCCAAUGUCAACGCACCAAAAUUGAGAGCCAACACCAAACAUGCAGCCACACAUGUGAAGAAUGAGAAGGUCAUGUCAGCACAACCCACUGAUGAGCAGCUUGAUGAGAAUGAUGCCCUCACAAUGGAUUGUUCAAUCAGACAUCAUUAUACAACCAUUCUCGAGUUCUCAGCUGCUAUCUGGAUCUUGUCAUCAUGUUCAAUCAGCCCAGAUGAGGUCAAAUGGGGCUGUGCGGCACUAUCUAGAGCAUGCCAGAAUUGGGCGCAUAUGGGGUGUCACCUGACCCCUUAUUUUCAUCUCGCCCAACAUCUUCAGUGUCAGUUUCUCCAGUUCGGGCCUUGCUAUGCUACAUGGGUGACUAACCAUAAUAAUCACAAGGGCAGUGAACUUGAAUGUAUAAUGAUGUGCAAAUGGUGGAAAUGGGUUCUAGUCCAUGAUCUAGUAUAUCCUCAGGCUCUUUGUCUCUUUGUGCUAGGAGUCUGA